UCUUGAUGACGACUUAAUCGAGACGUUUUUCAAGGGGGGGAUUGGCAAGAGGUAGAUUAUUACUAACUUUCUAAAAGCCCAUCAUGCCAUUAAUUAUGAAGGGGUACAAACUGAUCUCAACCGUGGGGUGUACCGAAGCAGAAGUGAUGAAUAUAUGAUGCAAGUAGUAGCGCCCAAAGUUGAGUGCGAGUUUUAUGCAAGAAUACUCCCAUUCCACGGCCAUGAUUAAUGUCUGUACAAAUCAUCCUCAAGCACCACCACUGCUGGUUGCCCUGUUGUUUGCUGUAAGUGACUAAUUAACCUGCUGCUUGAGAUCAUGGUCUACACUUUGCCCCAUGGAAUUUGCACAGGGCUCGGAUUGUCUCCAUCGGCGGUGUUCAUUGUCAACUCUCCACACUGAUUAUUCUGUGCAUCUGAUUUGGUCCCGCCAAAUUUGUUGACCUUCCUCCACCAUUGGCUCACCCAAUCACCCUGCUGGUUUGGUUAUGAACCCAGAGGACAAAUUCCACCACAACCACUGAGCCCAUUCUUGUGACCACAAAGUUUCGGUUCAGGCUUCUCCAUGUUGCCCCAUUGGUGCCUCUGAUACUGCUCGGCGAUACUUCUGUCCAGCCGAUUGCAACCGCUGCUCGGUGGAACUCUGGUCCGGUGAUCGCAGUCUGCUUCCCGUCAGAAACUUCGCCCAUCUGUGGUACCACCGUAAGGUUCAGACAGUGAAAAGCCUCAAUGGUGGUUGAAGGUGUUACAUGGGGCAUAUCCGUCGCAAGCUGGAUUAUGUCGCCUAUCAUCUCCAAGCUUCUGGAUAAAGUCUUGUCCUACUGCAAAUUUGACAAAGCAGAGACACUUCGUCGCCUAUUGACAGACAUUCUCCCUCGAUUGACACUUACUCUAGAAGCAGCAGAGGCCAUUAAUCAUAAGAAGUUCUUCGAGGAGAUGGUGAGUGAUCUCAAAUCUGCUUUCUAUGACAUGGAAGAGAUCCUUGAUGAUCUGGAAUACAUUCGUCACCAAAAGCAGCUGGAUGAGCAGGAAAGGUCUUUGUCAAAAAAAGGGAAGAAAAGUCAAGAUUAUGUGAAAAAAUUCUUCUUAUCUGGCAAUCGGCAAUUUCGAUGGCGACACCAUGAUGAAGCUAGCCCAUCAAACCAGAAUAUUUGUAUCCGACCGAGUUUGACUCUCCCGGCAGCUUUAAAUGUUCGUUUGAAGGAUAAUAUGGCCACGAUCGAAAAACUCAUUGUUGCCGCACAAGGUAUUAUUGAACUGGCAAAGCCGAUGAGCAAGGGCAAAACUGAUACUGCUAAAAAUAUGCAGACACAUACUACUUCAGCUCCAACAGAAAAGGUAACUGGCCGAGAUGAGGAUCGUGAGAGGAUAACAACAAUGCUUCGUGAUACAAAUGAUGAUGUUGAUCCAAGCUCAAGUAACAGCAAAUGUUUCUCAGUCAUUGGCAUUUAUGGCAUUUCAGGAUCUGGGAAGACAACCCUCGCACAACAUGUUUGCAAAUAUGAGGAGACUGAAGACUAUUUUGACCUCGUUAUGUGGAUUCAUGUUUCUCAGAACUAUAGUGUUGGUGAGAUUUUCAAAGAGAUGUUUGAGGCAGCUUCUGUGGAUAAGGAUAUAGCAUGCCCUAAUUACAAUAGCCUUGAUAUCCUGGAAAAGGUAUUGGAGCAGAAACUAGAUGGCAAACGAUUCCUCUUGGUACUGGAUGAUAUCUGGUGCAAUAAGGAUGAUGAUAAGCAGAAGCUAGCCCAAGAACAGAAGCUAUCAAAGCUCCUUUCUCCAUUCAAGGUUGGAAAGAGAGGAAGCAAGAUCCUAGCAACAAGUCGCAAUAAAGAUGCAUUUUCAGAUCUAGGUCCUGGUGUGGCACGCACUGUUCUGCCAAUACCUGACUUGGAUGAACAUGUCUUCUUGGAACUGUUCAUGUAUUAUGCCCUUGAAGGUGUAAAUGUGGAUGAUCCAAAUGAUCCAGAUCAAAUAGAACUCAAAAUUGUCGGGGCUGAAAUUGCACAGAAGCUGAAAGGAUCACCUCUGGCAGCCAGCACAGUGGGAGGACAACUACGUAGAAGACAAAAUGAUAUUGACUUUUGGAGAGAAGUUCGAGAUCGGGAUCUUUUGAAUGAGACAAUAGGGGCCCUGUGGUGGAGUUACCAGCAUCUUGAUGAGCAAGUUAGGCGGUGUUUUGCUUACUGCAGCAUUUUCCCCAAGAGACAUCGUUUGAACCGUGACGAGUUAGUCAAAAUGUGGGUUGCGGAGGGGUUCAUACAGACUACUAAUGCAGAUGACAUGGAAGCUGUUGGUCGGGAUUACUUUCAUGAGUUACUUGCAACCUCAUUUGUGCAACCAGGAGGACACUAUCUAGGUUUUUCUUAUUAUUUAGUACAUGAUCUUAUGCAUGAUUUAGCCGAGCAGGCGGCAGGAAGUGAUUGCUUCAGAAUUGAGAAUGGCUCGAUAACAAAAGUUCCUCCUAAUGUUCGCCAUCUUAUCGUGACAAAUGCAGAAAUGGUUAAUGAGGAGAUUUUUAAAUUAGAAAAUUUACGCACUCUGAUUAUUGAUUAUGAUUAUGAGGAAUCGCUUGCGCCAGUAAACAAAGAUUUCUUUGAGAAAGUGUUCAAGAAGCUGCGGAAAUUGAGGGUACUGGCUGUAAAUGUCUCAUGGACCGGAAUCAGGGGAGGGCAUGUGCUUGAAAUCCCGAAAACUAUUGGUCAUUUAAAGCAUCUACGCUAUCUUGCUUUAGUGAUGCUCGAACAAAAGCUAGUUUUACCAACAACAUUAGCCAAUCUUUACCAUCUACAGAUGCUAAAGUUUGCUAAUUACAGUAUAUUAGAAGUUUCCCGUGAUAUAAACAUGGGUAACCUCACUAACUUGCAGCAUAUUAUCGGCGAGAUAGAAAUCCUUUUUCCGAACAUUGGCUGGUUAACAUCACUACAAACAUUAGAAUCCUUCGGAGUAUGGACGGAACAUGGGUAUGAGUUAAAACAGCUGGGUGGCCUAAACAAGCUUCGGGGCAGUCCGGCAAUCCUAAAUCUUCAUAAUGUUAAAACCAAGAAUGAAGCACAGGAUGCAAAGCUAGUGGAUAAGAAAGGGCUGACAGGACUGUGACUUUCGUGGGUUAAUGAUUUUUAUAGGGAUGCAAUAGCACCACCAGAAGUUGAGGCAGAGGUGCUUGAGGGUCUUUGCCCACCCAAGGAUCUAAAAACCCUGGAAAUCUGGGACUACAGUGGUCUGAUGUACCCAAGUUGGAUGGUGGGCGAGGAGAACGGCGGCCCAAAGUACCUACAUAAACUUUGGCUGGAUGGAUGCAGUCGACUGGGACCUGCUCCGGAACUUUUUGUGGUUUUUGUUAAUCUUCGUGAGCUCAUCAUUUCAGGCUGCUGCUGGGACCACUUCCCAGACAAUGUGAAGAAACUCAGGUGGCUCAAGAAGCUAGCGAUUAUUCGUUGCUCAUAUCUUAAGUCGCUUCCAGAACUUCCUCGUUCUCUUCAGGAGUUCAAAAUGGAGGGCUGUGAUGAAGUGUUCAUGAGGUCAUGCAAACAAAUAGGUCAUUCGAAUUGGCUAAAGAUUCAGCACAUUGACGCGAAGGAAAUUGGCGGUACUUGAACAUGCUCGCCCAUUGACGACAACAACUUGAGAGUUUCUAACCUAUGAAAAAAAGUACCAGGGUUCGUACUAUAUGUGGAGUUGUGGACGGAUCUGAAGAGGAAAAGUUUUCUAUUAGAUAUGCUACCAAUUGACCGGGUAGCGUUCUCUGGCUUUGUGUACGCCUUGCAAUAUACUCAUCCUAUCAUGCGUCUUGGAGAGAAUGCAACAUGUCAUGCCUGUCUGCCUGCAACUGAUGAAGACUGAAUUUGUAUGUUUCUUGUGGUUUGUAAUAUUGUGGACGCUGGAUUAAUUUGCUUCCAAUGGUGUGUAAUAUUGUGGAACGGUGACAAUUGGAUUUAUUAGCUUCUUCCUAUUGGUUUGUAAUAUUGUGGAACAAUAACCAGUGCAUGGGUUUGUUUGUUUCUUAUGGUUUGUAAUAAUUGGGAUGACGAACACAUAAUUUUAAAUGUUUCCAGUGGUUUGUAUAUUUUUGAAUGAUUUAAGCUGUUACUAACGGC